GUUUUAGGAGAGCGGCUCCAGCAGUUCCUCGCUGCGCAUCAGCUUGCUGUUUUGGUGUCAAGAACUGUGUCCAGAAUCGUCGAUUAGCGAAUUCGCAGCGCUGGGCUGGCGACGCGGACGUUACCACAUGACUUAAGGGCAGCUUGGCUCUGCAUCGGGCUUUGGAAUCUCGGGCGGCGCGGCGACGUACCGCUUGAAUUGCGUUGAGCGCUGUCGUUCAGCCGCGCUCUACGCCAUCGCAGCGCCGCACAUCUAUCCGACCGCUCGCGACCGCGUCCGUCGCCCGCGCAGGUGCUAGUCUAGCAAAGGAGGGGCAGACCUGGAUCACAAUGGGCCAGGCCGCCGCGAAGGAGGUCGCCCACGGCCCGCAGUACAAGACGAACGUCAUGUUUUUAUGCAAUCAUAAUAGCUGCCGGAGCCAGAUGGCCGACGGCUGGCUGCGGCAAUUGCGGGGCGACGCCGAGGUCGGCGUCGCGAGCGCGGGCAUCGUCGGCGGCACGGCCGUCAAGCCCGGCGCGGUCGAGGUCAUGCGCGAGGCGGGCGUCGACAUCUCGAGUUUCACGAGCGACGACAUCCGGGACUUUAAGGCCACGGACUUCGACAUCGUCAUCUCGUGCUGCGGCUGCGGCGCGAAGCUCGACCCCGACGACCUCAAGGCCUGGAAGGAGCAGUUCAAGUUCAUGGACUGGGCGCUCGACGACCCGCCGGCCAUCGACCCCGGGGACCUUUCCGAGUACCGGCGCGUGCGCGACGAGGUCAAGGUCAAGUGCGAGGAGCUCCUCGCGCGGAUCAAGGACCCGGAGCUCUGGGAGGAGCUCGACGCCGACGCGGACGCGCGCGGCGGCGCGGCGACGUGCGGCUGCAUGAAGUAGGUUCCGCUGCUGCUUGCUCCCGUAAGUAGCCUUGCUUAUA